GUAGGGUGUCGCCGUGCGGACUGCUAUUCCAGAGACGACGGCGGUCGUCUUACUUUAAGUUCCUAAUCUCUCCGAGAAAAAAAACCCUCACCAACUUUGCAGUCAGUGCAUUUGCUACACUUUCACCUUGAAUUCCCAUUCGAAGGUUUCUCGGUUGAGCUGGAAGCUGGGCACUGGAAUGACGGGGUGUGCCGAGAAUUUGAAUUAGCUCGCCGUUAGUAUGAAGAAAGAGUGAGUCGGGGUAGAGAGGAGCCAUUUUGUCCCGACUGUGUGGGAGAAAAGAAAGUGGAAAAGAGGAAUCGCGCGGGACGAUCUCACGUUGUCGCUACCUUUUCUCUCGCUUUCAAGGGGGAAAGAGUUGAACUUUUGGAAUAUCACUUCUCUGACGCGUUUUAUUUUGUGGUGGUAUUUAGCCAAGUAGCUUGCCAAAGCUAAUCAACAAAUCACAGGUUGCAAACUGUCAAAACCGGGGCAGGUGGUCAGGUUGGCAUCGGAACUGGCUUCAGACUCCACAUAGGCGUGUUAGAUUUGUUUUUUCUUUUUGUGUGUGUAUCGGAGCGGGUACAUACAGUUUUCAAUGGCUAAGAAGACGUACGACCUGCUAUUCAAGCUGCUUCUCAUCGGAGAUUCGGGCGUGGGAAAGACCUGUGUGCUGUUCCGCUUCUCUGACGAUGCCUUCAACACAACCUUCAUCUCCACCAUAGGAAUAGACUUCAAGAUCAAAACUGUGGAACUACAAGGAAAGAAGAUCAAAUUACAGAUCUGGGACACAGCAGGGCAGGAACGGUUCCACACCAUCACCACCUCCUACUACAGAGGGGCCAUGGGCAUCAUGCUGGUCUAUGACAUCACCAACGGCAAGAGCUUUGAGAACAUCAGCAAAUGGUUGCGCAACAUUGAUGAGCAUGCAAAUGAGGAUGUUGAGAGAAUGCUACUAGGCAACAAGUGUGACAUCGAGGACAAGAGGGUUGUACAAAAAGCCAAGGGGGAGCAGAUUGCGAAGGAGCACAACAUUAGGUUUUUUGAGACCAGCGCCAAGGCCAACAUCAACAUCGAGAAGGCCUUCCUCACGUUAGCGGAAGACAUCCUCAGAAAGACGCCUGUAAAGGAGCCCAACAGUGAAAAUGUGGACAUCAGCAGCGGCAGCGGAGGGACGGGCUGGAAGAGCAAGUGCUGCAGUUGAACAACUCGCACCGACACACGCAUUCACACACACACGUGCACGUACCACACCCUCUCUCUUUCUCUAACGUCUAACUCUCUGACCCUCUAACCCCUCUCAUGACUUUUCUCGCACACUCACCCUUAUCAGAAUUAAACAAUAAACCACUUCAUUCGUCAUUCAGCUAACCCACCCCCUAUCCCUUCAUCUUUUUCCACGCUCCACCUCAUGAGCUCCAUUCAUGUUUCUUGUCGUUUUGUUUUAAAGAUUAUUCUGAAGAAAAAAAAAAAAGUUAAAGACAAGCUCAUAUUUGUAAUAUUUCCUUGGCCUGAGCUCAGCUCCCCCACCCCCCCAGCGGCCCUUUUUGGACACUCAUCGUCUCCCCAAGUGUUUGCUCAAUUACAAUUGUUACCAAGUGACAGAGGUUGUGGCGAGCUCUUUUUGUAAUGCGGGGAUUUCUUUUGUCCUGUGCCUUAUACGGAAGACAGGGGCGGGGCUGUGUCAUGGGCGGAGCCACACCCACCCAUUGAAAUUACACUUUACUAAAUCGUUGUCAGUUUGCGCUCCCCGUGCGGAGUCGAGCUGAUGCAGAAGCGUUUGAAUUUCUCCUUCGGCCAAGAGAACGGCAUUAUGUCCUGUUUUUCAAUGUUUCAUUUUUACCUUUAUGAUUUAUUUGACAGAUUUUGUUGUUGGUUUUCUUUUCCCAAUUUGGGUUACUGUUUGUUUCCUGCAUGCAGAUUUCUUUGGGUUGGAAGCGUUUCUGUAACAUUAUGAGGUAUGCCACUGGGUAACUUUGGGCGGGAGGUUCACAAGUUCUCUUUGGAAAUUCAAACAGUUUUGCAGAUCCAUUAAAAUAAGCUUGUUUAAGUUAA